AUGGCCAAGAACACCAACAUGCGCUGGCGGCUGCCGCUGGUGUGCCUGCUCUGGGAGCUGGCCAUGAUCGUCCUCUUCGGGGUCUUCGUGCGCUUCGGCGCCGAAGCUGACGCGCACUGGGAGGAGGAGAAACGGGACAUGAACCUGACCAGUGACAUGGAGAACGACUUCUACUUCCGAUACCCCUCUUUCCAGGAUGUCCAUGUGAUGAUCUUUGUGGGCUUUGGCUUCCUCAUGACCUUCCUCAAGCGCUAUGGAUUCGGAGCUGUGGGUUUCAAUUUCCUCCUUGCUGCCUUUGGGAUCCAGUGGGCUCUCCUGAUGCAAGGCUGGUUCCACUCUUUCAAGGACGGGAAGAUCCUCAUUGGAGUGGAGAACCUGAUCAAUGCUGAUUUCUGCGUGGGCUCUGUGUGCAUCGCCUUUGGGGCCAUCCUGGGCAAAACCAGCCCCAUACAGCUCCUUGUCAUGACUUUGUUUCAAGUCACACUCUUUUCAGUGAAUGAGUACAUCCUCCUCAACCUUCUUCAUGUGAAGGAUGCAGGUGGCUCCAUGACCAUUCACACCUUCGGAGCCUACUUUGGCCUCACGGUGACACGGAUCCUGUACAGACCCAACCUGGAGCAGAGCAAGGACAAGCAGGGCUCUGUGUACCACUCUGACCUCUUUGCUAUGAUUGGCACCCUGUACCUGUGGAUGUACUGGCCCAGUUUUAACUCAGCCAUUUCUGACCACGGGGAUGCCCAGCACAGGUCUGCCAUUAACACGUACUGCUCGCUGGCCGCCUGUGUCCUCACCACCAUGGCCUUCUCCAGCAUGCUGCAAAAGAAGGGCAAGCUUGACAUGGUGCACAUCCAGAACGCCACGCUGGCCGGCGGCGUGGCCGUGGGCACCAGCGCCGAGAUGAUGCUGACCCCGUAUGGCUCCCUCAUUGUGGGCUCCAUCUCUGGCAUCGUGUCCACCCUGGGCUAUGUCUACUUCACGCCUUUUUUGGAGUCCAGGUUGCACAUCCAGGACACAUGUGGCAUCCACAACCUCCAUGCCAUGCCAGGCCUUAUUGGGGGCAUUGUGGGGGCCAUCACAGCAGCUGCAGCCACAGAGGAUGUGUAUGGAAAGGAAGGGUUCAUCAAGGCGUUUGACUUCACGGGCGUGUACCAGACGCGGACACCCAGCAUCCAGGGAGGCUUCCAGGCAGCCGGCAUUGUGGUGUCUCUGCUGAUGGCAUUCGCUGGGGGAGCCAUCGUGGGGGGCAUCCUGAAGCUGCCCAUCUGGGGGGACGCCGCGGCCGAGAACUGCUUCGAGGAUGGCAUUUACUGGGAGGUGCCGGAGGACGAGGAGAGCGACGUGUACCACAUGCACAACCCCGACAAGCCCGCCUCGCCCUGAGCCGCGCCCCGCCGCCC